UUCAUUGGCCGGCAAAAUAGUUUAAUCUUCUAGAACCGUUGUGUGUGUAUGUCCUAAGAAAUGGAGACUUCCGAGUUAGCUGAGUUAGUCCCGGGUUUACCUCCGGAACUCGGUCUCGAGUGCCUGAUUCGUUUACCUUACACCGGCGUUCGCACCGGCGUUCACCGAGUGGCUUCCGGUGUUAGCCGGCGAUGGCGGGAUUUACUUCAAAGUCAGGAUUUUUAUUAUCACAGGAAGAGGUAUGGGUAUACUCAUAAAGUUGCUUGCUUGGUUCAAGCUUUUACUGCUGCUGCUGCUGGAGUCGUUGAUGGGCAAAAACCAGGUGACUUACUGUUUUAUGUGGUUACUGUGUUUGAUUCUGUGAGUCAGUCGUGGGAGCGACUUGACCCGGUACCCGGUCACCCAAAUGGGUUGCCUUUGUUCUGUCAAUUGGCGAGCUGUGAAGGGAAAUUGGUGGUCAUGGGUGGAUGGGAUCCGGUGAGUUACGCCCUGAUUAGGGAUGUUUUCGUCUAUGAUUUUACGACGCAGCGGUGGAGACAGGGGAAGGAGAUGCCGUCAAAGCGGUCGUUUUUCGCAGCCGGGGCUUGUUCGGGUCGAGUCUAUGUGGCAGGCGGGCACGAUGAGAACAAGAACGCGUUGAGAACCGGAUGGGUUUAUGAUCUGAGAGUGGACGAGUGGACGGAGUUGCCUCCGAUGAGUCAAGAGCGUGAUGAAUGUGAAGGGGUGGUAAUCGGAGAUGAGUUUUGGGUGGUGAGCGGGUACGGUACGGACAAUCAAGGAGACUUUGAAGGAAGCGCCGAUGUGUAUGGAUUCGGGUCGGGCCAAUGGAGGCGAGUCGAGGGGGUUUGGGAGAGGGGUCAAUGCCCGAGAUCAUGUGUCGGAACGGGGAAAGAUGGGGAAUUGAUGACAUGGGCUAACUUGGAUCCUGCAAUCCGGGUGGCAGCUUGUGGGGUUAUGUUAGGGGGUGAGGUCCUGGUUACAGGGUCAGGGUACCGAGGUGCACCACAUGGGUUCUUCAUGCUGGAAAUCAAGGAUGGGAAAACAGGGAAGUUGGGAAGAAUCAGUGUGCCUGAUGAGUUUUCUGGGUUUAUUCGAUCAGGCUGCUGUGUGGAGAUCUGAUCUGAUUCUGUGUUAAAACCAAACAGGAUGUGUCAAUGAGAGGUACCUUUUUAUGGGCUUCUCUCCAUAUUAUGAGUAUAUAUAGUAUAUAAUAUGAGAAGACAUCAAACCCCUGUUAAACCUAUGUGUACUCUAGGAAGAACGGGGAUCUGCUUCUGUAUAAUAUGAGAUGGUGUGAAAUUUUGAUGUAUUUGUAGAAGAGAAUUCUGUUUUAUACUCUGCACUGAUUCGAACCGUAAAAUACUUUUUACUUUGUAGAAUGUAUAAUUGGGAUUUAAGAGUUUAAUCUAUUCUCCAGAUGGGAUGAGAUCCUUGUGCUGUGCUGUGCUGUCGAAGUUUCUAAUUGGCAUUCAUUCUGCAUUUUGUUGGCAAUUUAUAAAAUAGGAGGUAAACU